UAUAUUCUAGCCUUACCCCUCCAUCAACAUAACACACUCUACCUCUCACAAUAUCAGAAUAUAUAUACAUACAAGGAAAAAGAAACAUUUGCUUGUUUUUUCUUGUGUUCCUUCAAACUCUGCAAGUUUUGUUCUUAUCAUUACAAUAUAGUUGAUUGGGCAUGGCUAGCUUAAGCUUCAUUAUUGGGAUCAUUGGAAAUGUGAUUUCUAUACUUAUGUUUACGUCUCCAAUAAAAACAUUCAAGCAGGUAGUGAAGAACAAAUCAACAGAGGAUUACAAAGGACUCCCUUACAUAACCACCUUACUGAGUACAAGUUUAUGGACAUUUUACGGACUCCUUAAGACCGGAGGUUUGCUCGUCGUGACCGUGAAUGGAGCAGGAGCUGCUUUGCACGUCGUCUACGUCAUCAUCUUCCUCAUAUACGCUCCCCACAACAUCAAGAUAAAAUCGGUGAAGUUGGUAGCGGCAGUGAAUGUUGCGUUUCUUGGAAUUGUGAUAAUUAUAACCCUAUUAGCUUUGAAAGGAGCAACUCGGAUCACAUUGGUUGGACUAUUAUGUGCUGGACUUACUAUUGGGAUGUAUGCUGCACCUCUCUCCGCCAUGAGGACAGUGAUUAAGACGAAGAGUGUGAAGUAUAUGCCUUUCUUCCUUUCCUUCUUCCAAUUUCUCAACGGAGGCGUUUGGUCCACAUACGCCCUACUCGUUAAAGAUUACUACAUUGGAGUGCCAAAUGGAAUUGGAUUCGUAUUGGGCUCGCUCCAAUUAAUCCUAUACAUGAUGUACAAGAAUAAAUCGAGGCCCGUAGAAUCGGAUGAUGAAAGGAAAGAAAAGGAAGGAUCGGCCCAUCUCGUAAAAGAUGGGCUUCAAUUGCAAGAUUUGGACGAGAAGACGAAAAAUGGGAGUACUCUACACAAAGCCAAUAGCCUUCCCAACACCUCAAUCAUCACCCAACAUGAUAUGAAAACACCUUCUUUGGGCCCAUUGGAAUUGGAGAAUUUCACUCAGAGAGACAUUGAAACAGGUUCACAAUCAAAUAUUGGGCUUUAAAUCCACUCGUAUUCAAAGCCCAACUCAUUGGUUAGAUAAGCAUAUUACUAUAAUAAUGGUAUGGUUUUUGGUAAUAACGCUUGCUUUAUUUAUUUGGGAUGCAUGCAUCACCUCCAUUUCUAUAUCCCUUGUGUUAUUUUGUUAUGGAAAAUCCUUAAUUACAUACAUGAGGAGGAUGCACAAUGUAUUAUUUAUCCAUUCCCCAAUUAGUAAUUGCUCAUUUAUUCUCCAA